CGCCGUACUACGCCGCAAAACUCCGGCUCGUCUUUUCUUCUCCGUUAUAACUUAUUAUCGAAAGGAGUUGGUCGAGCAGGGCAGCUUUGGGAGUAGACCAAAACCUAAUUGUUGAAUCGUUCUCUGGCGUAAUGGUCUCCAAAGUGGCUUUUGUUUUGCUCAUUGUCGUGAUCAUUGGCUGCAUUGGUUACAAUGAUGCCAAAAAUAUAGAGCACUUAAACAUAUUGGAUGCAAAUGCUGUUAUUACAAGGAAUGAACAUUUUUGUGAACUCUGUCAAGAUUUUACCACACGAAUCUUAUCAUUUUUCAAGGAGAAUGGGACGACCAUCGUUGAAACUCUUCAUCAAGUUUGCUCCCACCUGUACUCCUUCGAAGAACAGUGUAAUUUGUUGGUGGAUCACUACACAUCAAUUUUCUUCGCGGAAAUUGCUAAAUUGCAGCCUGAAAAGUUUUGCAAAAAGGUUAAUCUUUGUGAGAACAAGGCGUUGGCUUAUAUUGUACAGAACAGCGAUACCUGCACGGUCUGUCAUAAUUUUGUUAAUGAAGUUGUCACUAAACUUGAUGAUCCAGAGACGCAGCUUAAGAUAAUGCAGAUACUUCUCAAAGAAUGCAACCAGACUGGAGAUUUUUCUCAUCAGUGUAAGAGGUUGGUUAUCGAAUAUGGCCCAAUCAUACUUCUCAACGCAGAGAAAUUUUUUGAGAAAACAGACGUUUGUGCUGCGAUUCAUGCAUGUAAUCCUCCUCAAAUUGCUGCUAUUUGAACUCGAAUUCCUUACUUCCUCUCCUGCUUGGAUCGAACACCAUAAAUUAAAAAGAGAAGUUCUCGAGACUUCUCAUGCUGCAAGAGUAUUGAGAAUCAACUGGUGUUUUCAUUAUUUUUAGCUGAUAAUACUAUCUGCUUGUUUACAACAGUAAUUGUUGUUCUA